AUCUUUGGGAUGCCUUAAGUUAGCAACAAAAAGUUGGCAUAUAAAAAUAGUGCAACCACAAAGGUAUUCAGAAUUCCUAAACAUAUGCAAAGAAAGUGAAUACGUAGCUGAGGAGAAUGCCAAAUGGCUUCAUACGAGAAAGACAUGGAUGCCCCCGUAACGGACGCUUCAGUUCUGGCGCCGCUUCAGGCCGCCUCUCGACGGUAUAACUCCGUGGUGUAUCCCGCUGUAGCCACCAUGCUGUUCUGGCAUCUAAGCGGAAUCUACGGAUUCUAUCUGUGCGUCAUUUAUGCUAAAUGGGCUACGAUUUGCUUUAAUAUCAUACUCUACAUGUGCGCGAUGCUGGGCAUCACGGCGGGCGCGCACAGGCUGUGGGCGCAUCGUUCUUACAAGGCGACCCUGCCGCUGCAAGUAUUGCUUAUGCUGUUCCAAAGCCUUGCCUACCAGCACUCGGCGCUUCGCUUCGCUCGGGACCACAGGGCCCACCAUAAGUUUAGCGACACGGACGCGGACCCGUACAACCCCGCGCGCGGGUUCUUCUUUGCGCACAUCGGCUGGCUGCUGGUGCGCAAACACCCGCUGGCCAUUACCAGAGAGAAGGGGAUAGACGUAGUAGAUCUAUACCAGAACCCCGUGCUGGUCUUCCAGAACAAGUACAGUUUCUACCUCACGAGCUUACUUGCAUUCGUGUUGCCUGCGCUCGUCGCGACCUACUUCUGGCAGGAGAGUCUCAACACCGCGCACCACGUGUCUGUACUCCGCGUCCUCGCCGUCUGGCACGCCUUCUUCACCACCAACAGCGCCGCCCAUAACUACGGCUACAGGCCUUAUGAUAAUCGCAUCAUGCCGACACAAAACCUACCUGUAACCUUGAUCACGCUUGGCGAAGGAUUCCAUAACUUCCACCAUGUGUUCCCCUUCGAUUACCGAGCGGCCGAACUUGGGAAUAAUUGUUUAAAUCUUACAACGAGGCUUAUAGAUUUGUUCGCGUGGAUUGGAUGGGCAUAUGACUUGAAGCAUGCAUCUCCUGAUGUCAUAACGAAGAGAUCGAACAGGACAGGAGAUGGAACUGAUCUGUGGGGGCGAGUCAAGGAGGAUUUUGUGAGUGAUUCUUCUAAAUAAUUUUGAAAACAAGACAUUAGAAGAUGUAACAUGUGAUGUGAACUCGAUACGGAAGAAGACU